AUGGAGAGCGACUGCCUCAAAAUGGACAGGGUAGCAGACAUGUUCGGCCAGGUAGACCUUGGCCAGCAAGAUGCUCCCGAUGGUGGUGCCCCAACACGCACAUCGACCGCCGCCACCCUGCCCGACGACUCCCCCGCCGGCCUCGUUGCCCGGUGGGCGGUCCUGAUUGCCGAGUACGAGGCCUUCCAGGACGCGCUGCGCAUCGGGGUCCAGCAGCCGCACUGGCCCGGUGUCCGACAGUACAUUUCCAUGCUGCACGCUGAAGCGCGGCAGACAGAAAGGCUGGCGGCCGGCGCCUUCGAGGACGAGCCCGAAAAGCGACGGGGCGAGAUGCGGCUGGCCGUGACGACCCUGGCGGCCAAGGAGGGCAUGUGGCGGGUGAUCAAGACGUGCCGGGGGGUGAUGGCUUUGGACAGGCGGUUCCCAAAGCCGCUACCGUCGUUGACGGUGGUAGCGGCCGCUGCGGCGGGGCCGCCCCAGGAAGGGACGCCGGAGCGCACGAAGUGGGUUCUGGCUUCACAGCAGCGCAGGAGACGGAUGUACGACGUAUCAGCGGACUCCGGCAGUCGCACGGAGGGCAUGUUUGUGAAUGCGGUCGUGGACAAUGGGCGGUCGUGGAUGCGGGUGUUAACGACAACAAAUGCGCAGCUUCUGGUUGAGAUGGCCGAAAACGGGUGGGAGUGGGGGUUGGCCGAGGGCGAAGAUGACGAGGAGCAGGGCGAUGAUGCUCUCGCGGACAUCUCCGACAUGUCGCUGGUCAUCCUGGCACUGGGCCUCAUCGAAGCUGCCCACGCCAAUUGCGUCCGGGGGGCGUAUCCUCGCAUUUACAUUCUCUUGACGCGGAUGGACGAGACGGUGGAGGACGACGGGACGGCAAGCCAGGAAGAGGUCGAGAAGAAGAAGCAAGAGUGUGCAGAAAUUGCCCGCUACUUGGGCAAAGUCCGUCGCGGUCUCACCGCACGGGCAGCACGUUUGCCUCCCGACAUUGACGACUGCCGCUUGCAGAUCGAGAUCCACAGCGCCCGCGACCCCCGGACGACAGCCCAGCCUCCGCCUGACCUGCAGGUCGCCCUGCAACGUCUGCUUCCCGACUUGUCGAACCGUCUCACGCCCACGCUCAACAUCGACACGUCGAUUCUGAUUACGCUCACGUCGGACAUUACGAACUCGUCGGUCGAGGUCAAAGACUGGCACCCCUGGCAGCGUGUCGACGAAAUCACGCGCGAGGCCAAGCGCCCGGGCGGCGUGCUGCGGAGUCUCAUGGAAGAUGCUCUGCGCGGUCGGCGUCUGGUGUGCACGCGGGAAGCGGCGCAGGCGUUCCGUGUCAUGGUCUACGACAUGGCACAACCCAGCGAGCAGGAGCGUGCUCGGGUGCUGUUGGGCGAGGGCGACAAAGCAGGUGCCGAUCGGCAGACGCUGGUCAACCGGUACCGGGAGCUCUCGGCGUACCCCGACGCCAUCCCAGAUGACCUGAUGCUUCCGGUUGUGGUGGAGACCAGGCCUUGGGGCCUGGACACGAUCAUGUCUGUGUCCGGCUUGCAGUCGCGUGACGCCACCCCGACGCUCGCGCAACCGCCGCGUCCAUCGCCCGCUCUUCCUGCCGUGGCGUCGACCAUCGCCAACGAGAUGAACGACACGCAUCCCACACUAUCCGUCUUCUUCUACGGCUGGGCCAUGUGCUACACGACAAUCACGACCAACCUGGCGGCCCGGAAUCGCAUCACGCGCUUGCUGGAAAGGCACCGCACCUCGAGCGCGGAGAAGGAUCCUCUGAUCUGGGUCUGUCGCACGGCUCGGAGUCUUAAUGCGACCAACCCGCGCGACGGACGAAAAGAAAACCUCAAGUGUGGGAAAAGAGGCCCAAGGUUGCGGAAAUGCAACGGUGCCGCGCCGAGUCAACAAGCAAGCCGACAAGCUUGA